AUGAUCUCGAUCUUUGUCAACCAGGCCGGAGACGGUGUUGGGGGUACACAACUUCAAUUUUACGAGGCUGGCGACGCCUUUUGGAAGGACCUACGAUAUAUACCCUUGCUUCUAACCGGAAUUUUCUCCUUCUCCCAGUUGACGCACGCUGUGUGCAGCCGUUUCAAGUACGGAAGGAGACCAAACGAGGCAGCCGCGUCAACGGAGGAGCGUAGGGGAUUUCUUGCAAGGUGGCGCUGGCACAUUCAUUUACAUGGAGGAUAUGUAAUCUAUGCGUAUAUGGUUGCUCGUUUGGUGGGUUCGGUCGGGUUGCUGUAUAUUUUCUUUACUACCGCCAUUGGCGACUGCGAGAAGGCAACUGGGAACAAUGGGUGGACGUUUUCUCCGUUAUGUGUUCAGACAGCUCUGACCAUUGCACAUGCCUACGCGACCUUAUUAGCCGUAACGACCUUCUCCCUGAAUUUCAGGCCAUUAGCUCCAGCUAGAUUCCAUGUCACCAUUCUCUGUUCCAUUCUUGCAAUAUACGCUUACCGCGAUAUCUGGCCCCUGGCAAACUAUGGCUCAGUUCCAAAAGAUCAAGCGGAAGGGAAUAUCCUCUGGGUUAAGAUUGCGCUUCUUGUCGUCACAGGAGUGAUCAUUCCUUUGUUCAUACCCCAUCCAUAUGUUCCAGUGGACCCUAAGAAUCCUUCUCCUGUUCCCAACCCCGAGCAAACUGCUUCAUGGAUCUCAGCAUUAACAUAUACAUACGCGGACCCUAUUAUCAUUUUGGCAAACAAGGUCGCUCAUCUUCGACACGACCAGUUGCCACCGCUAUCCGAUUACGACUUUGCUCAGUAUCUUUCGGAAAGCGCUGCCAAGGCUGUCAUUCGUGAUAUCCUGUAA